AUGCUAAAUCACGUGGCCCCGUUGAACCAGUUGGUGAUCUUAAAGCUGAUUACGUUGCUAGUGUUUGGAUUGAGGCCGGUCUUCAGUUCCUGUGAAAGUCGAUGUGAAGCAGCAAACCGGGAUUUGGUUGAACUUAGGACCAUCUGGUCAAGGUCGUACACAAUAGUAAACGGACAAGAUGUAUCAUUUGAACAAUUUCUAUUGUCCCUUGUGCAAGAAACAGACGACCCACAGGCAGCAGCGAUCCGGGCUAAUGUGCUGCUAGCUGUAGGUCGGUACCAAAACUGUGUCAUGGCCUGCGAGAACGAAUGCUACUGUUUUAAAUUAAGUUAA